AUGAUUUGCAUCCUUGUCUGGGAUAUCCUGCUUCAGUUGCUGUUUGGCAGCAUCCUUGUCUGGGACAUCCUGCUUCAGUUGCUGUUUGGCAGCAUCUUUGUCUGGGAUAUCCUGCUUCAGUUGCUGUUUGGCAGCAUCCUUGUCUGGGAUAUCCUGCUUCAGUUGCUGUUUGGCAGCAUCCUUAUCUGGGACAUCCUGUUUCAGUUGCUGUUUGGCAGCAUCCUUGUCUGGGAUAUCCUGCUUCAGUUGCUGUUUGGCAGCAUCCUUGUCUGGGAUAUCCUGCUUCAGUUGCUGUUUGGCAGCAUCCUUGUCUGGGACAUCCUGUUUCAGUUGCUGUUUGGCAGCAUCCUUGUCUGGGAUAUCCUGCUUCAGUUGCUGUUUGGCAGCAUCCUUGUCUGGGACAUCCUGCUUCAGUUGCUGUUUUGGCAGUGUUUGGCGCAUCCUUGUCUGGGAUAUCCUGCUUCAGUUGCUGUUUGGCAGCAUCCUUGUCUGGGAUAUCCUGCUUCAGUUGCUGUUUGGCAGCAUCCUUGUCUGGGACAUCCUGUUUCAGUUGCUGUUUGGCAGCAUCCUUGUCUGGGAUAUCCUGCUUCAGUUGCUGUUUGGCAGCAUCCUUGUCUGGGAUAUCCUGCUUCAGUUGCUGUUUGGCAGCAUCCUUGUCUGGGAUAUCCUGCUUCAGUUGCUGUUUGGCAGCAUCCUUGUCUGGGAUAUCCUGCUUCAGUUGCUGUUUGGCUGCAUCCUUAUCUGGGAUAUCCUGCUUCAGUUGCUGUUUGGCUGCAUCCUUAUCUGGGAUAUCCUGCUUCAGUUGCUGUUUGGCAGCAUCCUUGUCUGGGAUAUCCUGCUUCAGUUGCUGUUUGGCAGCAUCCUUAUCUGGGAUAUCCUGCUUCAGUUGCUGUUUGGCUGCAUCCUUAUCUGGGAUAUCCUGCUUCAGUUGCUGUUUUGGCAGCAUCCUUGUCUGGGAUAUCCUGCUUCAGUUGCUGUUUGGCAGCAUCCUUAUCUGGGAUAUCCUGCUUCAGUUGCUGUUUGGCUGCAUCCUUAUCUGGGAUAUCCUGCUUCAGUUGCUGUUUGGCAGCAUCCUUGUCUGGGAUAUCCUGCUUCAGUUGCUGUUUGGCAGCAUCCUUAUCUGGGAUAUCCUGCUUCAGUUGCUGUUUGGCAGUCAGGCUUGUCUGGGAUAUCCUGCUUCCUGCUUCAGUUGCUGUUUGGCUGCAUCCUUAUGUUUGGGAUAUCCUGCUUCAGUUGCUGUUUGGCAGCAGGCUUGUCUGGGAUAUCCUGCUUCAGUUGCUGUUUGGCAGCAUCCUUGUCUGGGAUAUCCUGCUUCAGUUGCUGUUUGGCAGCAUCCUUGUCUGGGAUAUCAUGCUUCAGUUGAUGUUUGGCAGCAUCCUUGUCUGGGAUAUCCUGCUUCAGUUGCUGUUUGGCAGCAGGCUUGUCUGGGAUAUCCUGCUUCAGUUGCUGUUUGGCUGCAUCCUUAUCUGGGAUAUCCUGCUUCAGUUGCUGUUUGGCAGCAGGCUUGUCUGGGACAUCCUGCUUCAGUUGAUGUUUGGCAGCAUCCUUGUCUGGGAUAUCCUGCUUCAGUUGCUGUUUGGCAGCAUCCUUGUCUGGGACAUCCUGCUUCAGUUGCUGUUUGGCAGCAUCCUUGUCUGGGAUAUCCUGCUUCAGUUGCUGUUUGGCAGCAGGCUUGUCUGGGAUAUCCUGCUUCAGUUGCUGUUUGGCUGCAUCCUUAUCUGGGAUAUCCUGCUUCAGUUGCUGUUUGGCAGCAGGCUUGUCUGGGAUAUCCUGCUUCAGUUGCUGUUUGGCAGCAUCCUUGUCUGGGAUAUCCUGCUUCAGUUGCUGUUUGGCAGCAUCCUUGUCUGGGACAUCCUGCUUCAGUUGCUGUUUGGCAGCAUCCUUGUCUGGGAUAUCCUGCUUCAGUUGCUGUUUGGCAGCAGGCUUGUCUGGGAUAUCCUGCUUCAGUUGCUGUUUGGCUGCAUCCUUAUCUGGGAUAUCCUGCUUCAGUUGCUGUUUGGCAGCAGGCUUGUCUGGGAUAUCCUGCUUCAGUUGCUGUUUGGAAGCAUCCUUGUCUGGGAUAUCCUGCUUCAGUUGCUGUUUGGCUGCAUCCUUAUCUGGGAUAUCCUGCUUCCUGCUUCAGCUGUUUGGCUGCAUCCUUAUCUGGGAUAUCCUGCUUCAGUUGCUGUUUGGCAGCAUCCUUGUCUGGGAUAUCCUGCUUCAGUUGUUGUUUGGCAGCAUCCUUAUCUGGGAUAUCCUGCUUCAGUUGCUGUUUGGCAGCAGGCUUGUCUGGGAUAUCCUGCUUCAGUUGCUGUUUGGCUGCAUCCUUAUCUGGGAUAUCCUGCUUCAGUUGCUGUUUGGCAUCCUGCAGGCUUGUCUUAUCUGGAUAUCCUGCUUCAGUUGCUGUUUGGCAGCAUCCUUGUCUGGGAUAUCCUGUUUCAGUUGCUGUUUGGCAGCAUCCUUGUCUGGGACAUCCUGCUUCAGUUGCUGUUUGGCAGCAUCCUUGUCUGGGAUAUCCUGCUUCAGUUGCUGUUUGGCAGCAGGCUUUGUCUGGGAUAUCCUGCUUCAGUUGCUGUUUGGCUGCAUCCUUAUCUGGGAUAUCCUGGUUCAGUUGCUGUUUGGCAGCAGGCUUGUCUGGGAUAUCCUGCUUCAGUUGCUGUUUGGCAGCAUCCUUGUCUGGGAUAUCCUGCUUCAGUUGCUGUUUGGCAGCAUCCUUGUCUGGGACAUCCUGCUUCAGUUGCUGUUUGGCAGCAUCCUUGUCUGGGAUAUCCUGCUUCAGUUGCUGUUUGGCAGCAUCCUUGUCUGGGAUAUCCUGCUUCAGUUGCUGUUUGGCUGCAUCCUUGUCUGGGAUAUCCUGCUUCAGUUGCUGUUUGGCAGCAUCCUUGUCUGCGACAUCCUGCUUCAGUUGCUGUUUGGCAGCAUCCUUGUCUGGGACAUCCUGCUUCAGUUGCUGUUUGGCAGCAUCCUUGUCUGGGAAAUCCUGCUUCAGUUGCUGUUUGGCAGCAGGCUUGUCUGGGAUAUCCUGCUUCAGUUGCUGUUUGGCUGCAUCUUUAUCUGGGAUAUCCUGCUUCAGUUGCUGUUUGGCAGCAGGCUUGUCUGGGAUAUCCUGCUUCAGUUGCUGUUUGGCAGCAGGCUUGUCUGGGAUAUCCUGCUUCAGUUGCUGUUUUGGCAGCAGGCUUGUCUGGGAUAUCCUGCUUCAGUUGCUGUUUGGCAGCAUCCUUGUCUGGGAUAUCCUGCUUCAGUUGCUGUUUGGCAGCAUCCUUGUCUGGGACAUCCUGCUUCAGUUGCUGUUUGGCAGCAUCCUUGUCUGGGAUAUCCUGCUUCAGUUGCUGUUUGGCAGCAGGCUUGUCUGGGAUAUCCUGCUUCAGUUGCUGUUUGGCUGCAUCCUUGUCUGGGAUAUCCUGCUUCAGUUGCUGUUUGGCUGCAGGCUUGUCUGGGAUAUCCUGCUUCAGUUGCUUCAGUCUCCUUAUCUGGGAUAUCCUGCUUCAGUUGCAGGGGAUAUCAGCAUCCUUGUCUGGGAUAUCCUGCUUCAGUUGCUGUUUGGCAGCAUCCUUGUCCUGGGACAUCCUGCUUCAGUUGCUGUUUGGCAGCAUCCUUGUCCUGGGAUAUCCUGCUUCAGUUGCUGUUUGGCAUCCUUGUCUGGGAUAUCAUCUUGUCUGGGAUAUCCUGCUUCAGUUGCUGUUUGGCUGCAUCCUUAUCUGGGAUAUCCUGCUUCAGUUGCUGUUUGGCAGUCAUAUCCUGUUGCUGGGAUAUCCUUGUCUGGGAUAUCCUGUUUCAGUUGCUGUUUGGCAGCAUCCUUGUCUGGGAUAUCCUGCUUCAGUUGCUGUUUGGCAGCAUCCUUGUCUGGGACAUCCUGGAUUCAGUUGCUGUUUGGCAGCAUCCUUGUCUGGGAUAUCCUGCUUCAGUUGCUGUUUGGCAGCAGGCUUGUCUGGGAUAUCCUGCUUCAGUUGCUGUUUGGCUGCAUCCUUAUCUGGGAUAUCCUGUUCAGUUGCUGUUUGGCAGCAUCCUUGUCUGGGAUAUCCUGCUUCAGUUGCUGUUUGGCAGCAUCCUUGUCUGGGAUAUCCUGCUUCAGUUGCUGUUUGGCUGCAUCCUUGUCUGGGAUAUCCUGCUUCAGUUGCUGUUUGGCAGCAUCCUUAUCUGGGAUAUCCUGCUUCAGUUGCUAUUUGGCAGCAUCCUUGUCUGGGAUAUCCUGCUUCAGUUGCUGUUUGGCAGCAUCCUUGUCUGGGAUAUCCUGCUUCAGUUGCUGUUUGGCAGCAGGCUUGUCUGGGAUAUCCUGCUUCAGUUGCUGUUUGGCUGCAUCCUUAUCUGGGAUAUCCUGCUUCAGUUGCUGUUUGGCAGCAUCCUUGUCUGGGAUAUCCUGCUUCAGUUGCUGUUUGGCAGCAUCCUUGUCUGGGAUAUCCUGCUUCAGUUGCUGUUUGGCAGCAUCCUUGUCUGGGACAUCCUGCUUCAGUUGCUGUUUGGCAGCAGGCUUGUCUGGGACAUCCUGCUUCAGUUGCUGUUUGGCAGCAUCCUUGUCUGGGAUAUCCUGCUUCAGUUGCUGUUUGGCAGCAGGCUUGUCUGGGAUAUCAUGCUUCAGUUGCUGUUUGGCAGCAGGCUUGUCUGGGACAUCCUGCUUCAGUUGCUGUUUGGCAGCAGGCUUGUCUGGGACGUCCUGUUUCUGCAGUUGUUAGGCAGCACCCUUAUCUUGGACGUCCUGCUGGGGAGGUGGAGUUGAUCCCUUGGCUCUCCUCCUUACCACUUCAGUCCAUUCGCUACCGGGGGCUCUCUUUGUUACAUCCUCCCUGGGUUGCUCCCGUGUUGGUUGUCUCACUUCCGUUGGCUGGAACGAUCUCUCCUCGCUCCUGUCUGUCAUUUCCUUGUCUGGGUUCUGUGAAUUAUUUACUUCCUAAUUUGGGGAAUUCCCCUCUUCCUAGGGUGAUGGUCACAGGCAUUAAUCCUUCUCAUAACUUCCAAUUUCUCUUAUUACCAUCUCUCAGUAAUACUCCUUUGGGAGCGUGGGUAGCUCCUCCACGAUCUUGGUGUCUCAUCUGCGUCCGCCACCUCGGCCACCCCCCCAAAAAAAAAUUUGUUGUCGACGGCCUCGGGGUAAAGGCGCAAGAAGAUAUUAAUUCCAAGUUUGUUAUCUACGCAGAUUUUUUUCCACGUCAACCACAUUCUUUUUAUUGUCCAAAAUUGAAACACAAGCCAGACGGCUUUUCACACACUUCGGAUCCCGUCAUGGACAUUCUCUGA